AUGGCUCGCACCUUGGCUCGUGUGGCUUGCACUCUGGCGCAUGGCUCGCAUGGCUCGCAUGGCUCGCACCCUGGCUCGCAUGGCUCGCACUCUGGCUCGCAUGGCUCGCACCUUGGCUCGCAUGGCUCGCUGGCUCGCACAAUAUUGAAACUCAAUGAAAUUGAGUCCAUUCAACGUCGUGCUCUUAAAAUCAUCUAUCCUGACUUGUCAUAUGCCGAUGCGCUGGAUACUACCGGAUUUGAUAUAUUAAUUGAUCGCAGAGGCGAUGCCUGCAAGUCAACCUUUUGCAACCCCGCUGGUAAAUAUUCUUAA